ACGUACAGUUCCAUUUAUUCCCUCCUCCUUCUCAAAAUUCGUUUCUAUUAUUAUCUCUUCGAUCUUCCCUGCAUUAACUCCAAUUCUGCAGGGUAAUAGAAAAACAUCAUCUUCAACCUCAGGUCCUCAUGGAUUCUCAGGUCAUACUUGGUAUCCUCCUUUCAUCCCUUGGUGGCUUCAGUACAUCCAUUGGUGCACUUUUUGUAAUCAUGAGUCAAGCUCCAAGUCUGAAGAUGCUUGGGCUGUUACAGGGUUUUGCUGCUGGUUUGAUGCUGAGCAUAUCAUUCUUUGACCUUGCUCAUAAUGCCUUGAACACACUUGGCUUCCUCAGAGGCAACCUUUGGUUUUUUGCUGGUGUCAUAUUCUUUGCUGUUGUUGCCAAUUUUAUACCAGAACCAGCAGUUGCUCCUCCUACUUCAGAUGAAAAGAGUAGAAAGAAGGCUAGGAAUGAAGAUAACAUGGACAUUAUGAAAAAACGACGCCGUCAAGUUUUAGUCAGUGGAAUUAUAACAGCCAUAGGUAUAAGUUUGCAUAACUUUCCAGAGGGAAUGGCAGUGUACCUUGGAUCUAUGAAGGGUCUUCGUGUUGGUCUUAACCUUGCUCUGGCUAUUGCUCUGCACAAUAUCCCUGAGGGUGUUGCUGUUGCACUUCCUGUCUAUUUUGCUACAGAGAGUAAAUGGCAUGCAUUCAAAUUGGCUGCACUUUCUGGCUUUGCUGAGCCUCUGGGUGUUAUAAUUGUAGCUUGUCUAUUCCCUACCAGUCUAAAUCCUGAGAUUCUUGAGGGUUUACUUGCAUCAGUUGGUGGCGUUACGGCUUUUCUAACACUUCAUGAAAUGCUGCCAUUGGCUUUUGAGUAUGCGGGACACAAGCAAUCUGUUAAAGCAGUUUUUUGUGGAAUGGCUUUCAUGUCUACAAGCUUGUAUCUUCUACGUUUAAGCUUACCAGAGGAAACGGGCUUGUAGAUGGAAACUAAUUCUUUUCUGAAUUAGAAGCAUUCCAAAUAUCAUUGUGGACUGUCUUCUACUGCCAUAAUCAGUUCAAUGGAAUCAAUAUGGCUUGAGAUAUGAGAUUAGCAAACUUCCAAUUACAAUAAUGUACAGCAGUUAAUAGAUAGUAGGAUGCAAUCACCUAUAGUUAUGGUUUCCCCUGUAUAAAAAUGUACAAAGAAUUGGAAAGAAUAAUAAUGCUAUUCAAUUAUCUUUGAA